AUGACAGUUUCACAACAGUUGGUUUUCCUCUUUUUGUGUAUCGGAAUGUUUAUGAUUUCAUCAGUUAGUGGGCAUGCUAGAUGGAAAUAUCCAACACCAAGAACAUCAGAUUCUGGAUUAAAAAGUUAUCCAUGUGGAGGUGUUGAAUUCUUUGGAAAUGGUCAACCAGUUACAAUUCUUCAACCAGGAAAGCAAAUUCUUCAAUUUGAAGAAACAAUUUCACAUACAGGAGCUCCCUUUCGUAUUGCACUGAGUAUCAACUCUGAUUCCAAUUAUGAAAAGUACAUUUUGAUCGAUCACAUUCCACACAAUGAUCAAUCAGACAGUAGCUCUCUAAAAGUUUACCAAUAUUUAGUUGACAUUCCAAAUAUCAAAUGCCAAAAAUGUUCCAUCUCAUUAACCAACCCAAUGACUGAUAAACAAUCAGGUUGUUGUUCCUAUCCAACCACAAAAACAGGCAACUCAGAAUUAUGUGGAAGUGUCUAUCACAGCUGUGCUAAUAUUCAAAUUAAUGGAACUGUGGAAUUGAGUAAUUUCAAGUACAAUUAUACAGGACCAUGUGGGGAUUAUACACAAGAAAGUUCGAGUUGGACAAAACAAUCUGAUGAUUCAUGGAAGUUAGAUAACAUGUAUACUGGUUUUUACGUUCCACCAACAUCCCAACAAUGCUCACGAUUCAAAAUUAGCUGUAAUGAAACUUACCCUGAGGUUUCGAAUAACUCUCAAAAUGGAAAUUCUAAUAAUGAACCAAAAACCACAAUUUCCAACUGUAUUCCAUCAAGUUGUGUUGCACCCUUCGUUUUUUAUUUCAUGAUUGUGCUCUUCGUACUUUUAAAUAUUAACUGA